GUGAAUGGGAUGGAAGAAGAGUUCUUGUUUUGUAUAUCAGUUUCUGUCUUUUUAUGUAUUUUUGGUUUAAAAUCAAGCAAACAUAGCGAAGAUUCCUUCUGUUACACUAUACAAAACUUUAGGGCGCAAAAGGGAGCGAAUUCAUCCGUGGAAUAAGAUUUUAGUGGUGAAAUGCCCGGCUGUUUGUAGAUAUAUAUUUAAAUAAUUGGUGAGUGUGUGUAAGUGUAUGAAGAUCGGUGUUUGACUGCUGGAGGAGUGAGUACAAGGCUCCACCCCCCACUCUGCCAGUUGGAUGGUGUUCAAGACGGCAGACGUUGGGAAGGCAGCUGUGUUGGGUUUUGGGAAGAAGAGAUCGAUUAUGGAACUACAAAAUUUACAGGAAGCACUCAAAGUGGAAAUCCAGAUCCAUCAGAAACUCGUGAGCCAGAUGAAGCAAGAUCCACAGAAUGCAGAUCUGAAGCUGCAGCUCCGUGACCUGCAGGCCAAGAUCACAGCGCUGAGUGAGCGGCAGAAAAAGGUUGUGGAGCAGUUAAGGAGAGAUUUACUGGUGAAACAGGAAGAUAUGAAGCUGCAGACGCUGCAAGCGGAUGGGCAAACGUCUACCUUGCUCAUCACACAGACGCCUCUGCCUGCUGCCAGCCCCACUACUCCACAGAGCUCGGUGUCUCCUGUCAUUCCUUCAAAGACUCUACCUCUGGUACUGAGAGCUGCCACCCCCUCCUCACCUAUCAUCAUGACACCAGCGCCUACUAUCACCGUGGUGACAACCCUAGGCAACACACUCCUUGCGGGCCCUCCUAGCUCAGAUCCUCAAAAAUCCCCAGUAAACUUCCAGCCGGUCAUCCAACCGACCAAUCAGGGAGCAGAGCCAGUACGAGUCAUAUCCAAUAGCACCAUUGUUGUGCAAGCUGCUUCCCAAACAAUCAAAGUUCCUCAAUUUGUCCCACCAACCAGACAGACAACUCGACCAGCCACUCUACCGCAGGUCAGGCCAAAACCCCCAGCGUCUUUGUCUCCAGCUGCUGGUCAGAUCUCUGUGCAAACCUUGCAGUCACCGGUGUUACUGAGCACUGCCCUCCCUUCCUCUGGUCACGUCCAGCAGAUGCGUAUCCUCAAUGGCCUGCCCUGCCCCAACAGCUCUAACAACACAAGCAUCCUGAUCUCCCCAUCUACACACAUGCCACCGUCAGUGCAGACAUGCACGCAGCAGUUACCUCACAACAGACCGAGCUCUGACAAUACGAUACCCGCAGUAGAAUAUGCGACAGAGCCAAAGACUUCAUUGCUCAUCUCUCCAGACACGCCUACACACACUUCUCCUCCACUGUCCUUACAUACACCAUCUUCACCUGUUUCCACCAACACACACACUCCUUCCUCCAAACAUCAGGAGAGCCCUCUGAAACUGGCCUUCAUGUUGUCUCUGGGACUGGUCACGCGCGACUAUUUAGAAGAGAUUCAGAGCAGGCGUCAGGAGCGCAAGAGACGCACAACAGCAAAUCCAAUAUAUAGCGGAGCCAUGUUUGAACCAGAGCGGAAAAAAAGUUCAGUGUCGUAUCUGAGUUCCAUAAACCAAUCCAGCAGGAAGAGAGCCAAUGAGGACAGCUUGUCAGAGAUUCUGCAGAAGGAAGAUGCCAUUGAGUGGCCAGGGACUCUUGCUAUUGUCCAUUCCUACAUCUCUUAUAAAGCAGCUAAAGAGGGCGAGAAAGAUCGUUUGAAGACAUGGAGCACAGAGCUGCGGCAGGAGAGAGAGACACUAGAAGACCAAGUCGGACAUCUCAGCAACUCUAUAACGAGAUGUAUGGACAGCAAGAACAGCGUACUGGCCCAGCAAAGAGAGAUGGAGGCUUCGCUUGAGAAGAUGAAAGGGCUGGUGCGUCUGAUCAGAGGGAUCCAGUUGUCUCCCUUCAUCUGCCCUGGGGUCAUGGCUAACGGAGAAAUGUCCCACAAUGGAGCUUCCAAAGCCAGCAGCUCCAGUGCGGUCACCACAGACACAAACAACAACACAAAUACCGCAAGAAGCUCCUCAGAAGCUAUGAUUAUAAUUAGCCCCCUCCCAAACACAAGCGAUACCUUAAACCAGAUCGCCACUAAUAAUACCGUCGAGGCUGCAAGCGCAAAGAGCGAUGAGGGCAGUGAGAACGCACAAAUCAUCAGCAUGUCCAGAAUCAGGAGCGAACCCACAAAUACGAACGCCGCAGCUUUCAGCAAUAACAGCAGUAACCAGGCCAAUACCAAUGGAACCAUGCCCAGCGGGGAGGAGAGUACAAAAAAACAUAAAAACAAUAACAACAGCGACCUCAGCGUCAUCCCACAGGGCCUCCUCGGCCCGAUCGUACCCCUUACAGAAGUGACGGAGGGGGUAAAAUAGCAUUGACCACCCCGCAGCAGUUGGGGCCCAAAGCGUGCCAGUUAACAGUGUUGUUGUUUUGUGUUGCUGUUUCAUCUCUUGUAUCUAUGAGGGAAAGAAAAUCCAUAGUGCCAUUUACUACAUGCAGGAAGGAGGUUCCUAAAGUACCAGCAACGUGUAUGCUAACGUAUGCACACCGAAGAGAUUUCUACAAAGAAUAAUGAUAUAGAAAAGAGUAAUAAAAUUUAAAGAUAUCACACCAUUGUGUGCCUGAUACAGUUGCCAUAGCACCUCGGAGUGGGAAAGCUUCUGAAGGCUGGAUCGGGUAAAGGUCUCGUCCUGCUAGAUGAGUAGUGCAGCUUCCUAUCAGGUCCUGUAGCUCUGAUCGAAGACAUAAGAUAUGACGUGUCGAGGAGUUUAGUAUCCGUUUUGUCUGUGAAACGCAGCCACGGUGCAGUUGUUACGUCUAGUUUUCUGUUGUGAAAACAGGUUCUUUAUCACACUGACAGAAAUACAGGUCUUCCAGGUGUUCUGCUGGAGGUUUAACUAUUAUCAUUUGCAUUUGUCUACUUUGUGGUGUUUUUAAAAAGCGAAAACAACAUUUCUGUAAAUAUGUUUUGCUAUUUUUACACACGACCUUAUUUAUAAUUUUCUUCUUUCUUACAAAAAUAUUCCGUAGUUCUGUUCUGCCAAAUAAUCGAUGCCACAGGGAACUAUUCUUUUAUGUUACUCUGAACAUUAAAUAGAUAUUUAAGAGUAGUAGAGUAGUAUUUGUAGUGUCCGUCCUGAAGUGUCUGUGAGGUAAAUUCUGACCAUGCCUUAUCUACUGACCAGAUGUGAUUUACUGACUGCGCAGUUCAAGCGCAAUCACAGAAGGGAAUGAUUUGAGACUUCUCUCACGUCACUCUCUCUCUCCUUUUCCACACCCAGAAGUUUUUUUUUUUGUUUUUUUUUUACCCAGACUGUAGCAGGGGUCUCAUGCCUUGUCCAACGACUUACGAGGAAUCAUGCAGUCAGAAAUAUCCCGUAAAACCGGUGUGCCAGCAACGUUAUGCUUAUGGGCCAAUUUAAGGGCUUCUGUUCUGUAUAUCGUUUUACCACGCAUGGUGUCACUUUACUUGGUGAUAACACUGUUCCGUAAACCCGUCCAAAAGCACAACACAUCAGGCGUACGUUAUAUACGUGCCUAGCGCAACUACUUCACCAUCGUCUCCUAGGGGCUGUUCUGUUAACGCUUUACUUUCUUUACGUUUUGCAUUUCUCCAUUUUCACAGUGUGUGACUGCACAUGAACAAGCACAGACAAACACCUGAGAUACAGCCGGGGUGUCAUGUGUCAAGAUGACACUCUCAUAGUGUUUUUAAAAAGCACAAGAAAUAAUCCAGAACACACAAGGGGUGCGUCGCUUUUGAUAAAAUACAGAAAUAUCUACAGUGUUUAUAUCUUCAUUUCAGGUUUGUGGGUGUUUUCAAUGCUGAACAUGCAGCUCUGGCCUGCAGUAGCCUCUGUGUAUUGGUUGCCUUAAGUUCUAUAGACUAUGUUUGGCUGUUUCAUAGUAGUUUUAUGACUUGUCUGUGUCUUAGUCAGUUUUUUCCGUAACAGAACCUACUUUGUCAUACAGUGUGUGAUCAUUCUGGUUGUGUUAGUGAGGACAGUGCCUGCGCUGCCUGUAGUGAAUCUGAACUCUGAAGUGCUUAUGUCUUUUAACAAUACACAAAAUGAAUUGCUGGUAUGUUCGAUCACGUUUUUUAAUGAAAAUACUUUACUUUUAGUUCAUGAUCUGGGUAUCUGUCCUUCAUUUUAUAAGGCAUCCAAGUUUUCAAGAGGAUACUAGUGCUGAAAACUACUCUUACCAUCUCUUUCUACGGCAGAAAUAGGAAGAGUAGUAAGCGGUUCCGAAUUCGGCUAAUGUUUCAACGGUCACGGAAGUAUUGACACAUUUUGUCUGAUGGAAGUUCAUCACAAUUGCGAAAAUUCCCAAGUAACAUGCAGAGAAGCUGCGUUCUGUUUGGCUUGUUUAAUGGUAUGUCAGGUUUCUCGGUGCAUUUAAAAAAUAAAUAAAAGGGAAAAGAGCCCUUAAAUAAAUGCUCAUCAGAUGUGACAUUUGCAAAUGUCAUCUCCCGUCCUUUAGAGCCAUGAAUCCUGAGGCCAGAUGUGGUUAGUAGGACUAACAGAGCUUCUGUGACAGAUGUUCUCUGAGAUAGAUGGGAAUCUACGGUGUCUCCUCAUUCAUGUUCCUUACACAUAAGAAUUGGGUAUUGUGUCCUGAAGUGUGUGAAAUCUGAUUUCCUCAGAUAUUAUAGUGUUUACCGAGAGCUCAGGCUUUUGUUCACGUUUUCAACACGCAUAGUAAUGCUUCUUAAGAGUCACAUUCUUACACCUCAUGCUGUUACCUCAUUCAGGUUGAUGAACCCCUCAAGUAAAUUUAAGGAUAGAUUAUAACAACGUGAAAGUAUCAGUUCUUAAUCUAUUGUCCUUUACUAUAAAUUAAAAACACAAUUUACAUCAAUUUGUUGUAUAAAAUUGUCUAGAUUAUUUCAUAAUGGUUUUUGAAAGGGAUGUGUAUUGCUCUUUGGUUUCAUUUUUUUUUAACAUAUUUGUAUGUUUUGUUUCUUAAUCUUGUGUGUUGCCUGAUGUCCAUUUACCUUUUCUCAUAGAAGUCCAUGUGUAAGUUAUUUGAAUAUAUAACUUCAUGAAUUCUUUCUGUUGAGGAGGCUGGUUAUUACUGGAGCAUUUGAUCAAUUUGUAUUUAUUUAUUUUUACCAUUUUUGCUAAAUAAAAUUGUAAAUUAAA